CGAAACGUGAAUCAGUCGGCGUUGACGGUGGUUGACGGUAAGAAGUGGGCAGUGAGGUUUUGGUUCGUAGCACUUGUUGAAACGGAAGAGUAUUUGUCGUUAGUGCUCGUCGCCGGUGAAUGAAGCGGGCUAAUUGUUACGUGCGAUGGCCGCGUGCUACAGCGAGCAGGCAUCAUCCAGCUCGGGGAACAUAACGAAAAAGUCACCUGCGGUCGCGGCAAAACCGGUCUGUUGGCAACAUAGACUAUUCGGUAAACAACUGUCGCGGUGCAGUCAGGUUAAUCAGCAUCAGCAGGACACGAAAUCGUACGAUGCAAGUGGUACGCUCGUCGACGAAAACAGCAAGCCAACUUGCGAGGUGAUCGGUGUAUAUUUCAGUUUCAUUAAUCCCGGUGCUACCUGUGAUGACUUUACGCGUCAGCUGCUCGACUUGUACAAUAAUGUCAAUUCAACGUUCUCGUCAUCGUCGUCAUCGCAUAUGGAGAAUAAUCUGGACGCGGAAAAUUCCGGCGGAAAGUUAGAGAAAAGAAAAAGGUUCGAAGUCGUGCACGUGGUUCUCUGGAGUAACGUAACUGAUGUACUCGACUUCGAGGAGAGUUUUCGUGCACAUGUUUCCGAAUUACCCUGGCUGGCAGUACCGAACUUGGAUUAUGAAAGGAAGACCAGACUGACUCGGAGGUAUCGGAUAAAGGCCGGUGUACCGACUUUGAUUUUAUUGGAUGCUUCUAACGGCUCUGUGGUAACCAGAGGAGGCGUAGAGCGAACCAUCGGCGACCCCACUGGAGCUGAAUUUCCUUGGAAACCACCUCAUCCGAAGGCCGCCCUCGAAGAUGGACCUUUAUUAUCAUGUGGGACACGCGAUAGCAACGAACCCAUGCUGCACGAAGAGUUGCGUCAUUGCUUCAAGGGUGUUUACUUCAGUGCACACUGGUGUCCACCUUGUAAAGCGUUUACCCCACAACUUGUGGAUACCUAUCAACGAAUUCGAGAGAGAGGUCACGACUUCGAGGUGAUCUUCGUGAGUUCGGAUAGGAGUGAAGAGUCUUAUAACGCUUAUAUCGAAACGAUGCCUUGGUUAAGGAUACCUUUCAGUCAAGAGGAGAGACGACGAAAAUUAGCAAGUGCUUUCGACGUACAAGCAAUACCCACUUUAGUGAUACUCGAUCCUCGAGAUAAUAUUAUAACUUUGGAUGGUCGAACGGAAUUACUCGAGGAUCCGGAAGGACUGAAUUUUCCAUGGACCAGUCGUUUGGUGAACAUUUUAACAGAAAAAUAUGCUACAUCGUUGCACGAUGCUCCAGCAAUUAUUCUUUUCGUCGAAGGGGAUGACUGUGAGAUUCAAUUCGCGGAAAGCGUAUUAAUGCCAGCUGCACAAGCGUACACAAAAGAUAGACCUGAUUACGAUCCAACUUACGAUGACCCAGAUGAUAUUUUACAAUUUUAUAUAGCAUUAGAUUGUGAAACGUCUGAGAUUCUUCGCGAAUUCGUCGGUUUGGACGAUGCUGUGCCCCUUUUAACAGCGAUUGAUAUACCUCGAGGAGUCUAUGUGGUGAUGGAGGACGGUGCCGAAAUAACUGUAGAUUCUGUACAACAAUUUAUCGACGGAUUUCUUAACGAUAAAUUGCCUAUAAACAAAAUAGCAGCAGUGCACAAAACUGCUAAAAACGAUCAUGUUUCUACUUGAACUUUUAACGGCUCGAUCAAUUUUAUAGGAAAUCAUUGGGAAACCAUUCAAAGGAAGGAGCAGUUAGGUUUUGUACGUGGUCAUUAUACAACCACAAAAAUAAAGAAACCCCAUCCUCUCAUCAGUCCUGUCUCUGUGAUACCAUUGCUCCUUUCGUAGAAAGGAUCUCGCGCGAACGGGCGUUUGUAUUCGCACACCCCUUUGUGGAAAUAACCAAAAGACAUGUAUUAUGUAUCAUAGUCAAUAAAAACUGAGGCGAAUUGUAUUUUUAAGUGUACACAUGCACAUGUUAAUAUAUAAUAUAAUUAUGUACUACUUAAUAAAUGCUAAAUGAACACGUCGAACGUA